GGGCGGUGCUGGAGGGGAGGCCAGCGCCACAGGCCCCCACUGAACUGCCUCCUUGAUUGGCCUCGUUGUCCCAGCGUCACUUGCCAGAGCCCCCCUGCAUUCUGUGACCAGCGAAGGUCCCCCGCGCUAGAGGCAGGGAAUACCACUAGAGCCCAGUCCCCCCGGGGAAUGUUCCAGCACCCAGGAGUCCUGAUGGCCAGACCCCUGCUCUAACCAUUAGACCUUGUAAAAAGCAACAGAGGGUCCUGUGGCACCUUUGAGACUAACAGAAGUACUGGGAGCAUAAGCUUUCGUGGAAAAUGACGUCCCGGGACCGUGUGCCUCUCUCCAAGUCACGGGCGGAGAAGUCACGCCCCCCCACAGUACCCAUCCCUCAAGUGGAUAUCGUCCCAGGACGCCUCUCUGAGUCAGAAUGGAUCUCCCUGGUCACCAUGGAGGAAGGAGAGGAUGGAAUGGGAGAUAUCCUGGAAGGGAUGAUAAACCAAGUGAUGGACGAGUGCUAUAAAGUGUACCUGGCUCGGCAGUGCAUCCCGUUCACCAUCAGCCAGGCACGGGAUGCAAUCCUGCAGAUUGCCGAAUGGCGCUUCCUGGCGCGGGAUGAGGGGGAGGCCACCGUGGAAGAAGAUGCCACCUGGCAGGAGGAGGAAGAGCCAGUGGCCUGUGUCACAGACUCGUGGGCACAGGGCUCAGUCCCCGUCAUGCGAACCAGCCUGACCCUGUUCCCGAAGGAGAGAGAGGUGUCUUUGGACAAACUCCCCGAGGAAACACUUUCCCAUGAGGAGACGCGGUCCUACACAGGAUCCCCCGAGGUGCCAGCAAGCCCCCCCUCAGAACAGCCUUCUCAGGAGAAGGGGGUCAAGUCUGCAAAGUCAUCCAGGCCCCAGAAUCUGCGUCCCCAGCCAGCCCCACCCCCCUCGCCCAAGACCAGAAAAGCAUACAGGCCCCCUCGCGGGCUGCUGCGUUCAGCCAGUCUGAAGAGCACGGCCAGGGCCCUACAGGAGCCUGAGAAGGAGCUGCUCCGGCAGCAGCUCGCACAGACCGUGCCUGAGGAAUCACCACCGGAAGAUCUUGGCAGCCUUCACCAGCUCCUGCCCAUGUCGUGCAGCAACCUGCUGAAGAUCCAGAUGGGCAGGCCCCCCACCAUCAGGGGUGUGACGUAUGAUGAGUUUGGUACGGUCAUCGCCAUGCCCAGGCUGGACCCAGCCCGUCUACCCAAGUGCUGGAUCAAGCCUCAGGUGGAGGUGCUGGAUCCAGACGUUGAGGCCAAGCGGCAGGAAGUUCUCCAAACCGUCUCCGGGCGUGGCCACAGGAGUCCGAAGUCCCACAGCCGUGCAGCCCAAGGGCCAGGGGUAGGAGAGCUCAUUAGCGCGCAGCUGCUGGAGGACACGGGGCCCACGCUGAGUGGGGGGCUGGCCCAGGCUGUCUGUCCGAGACACGCAGACAAGAGAGCUCAGCAUUUGCCUUCCACAGGGAGAAGCCUUGAACCCAGCAGCCACGUCUCCUGGAAGCCCAGCAACCUGCUGGACUCCAUUGAGCUGGCCCCGGGAGUGGCAAUCAGGGACAGCAGCAGUGUGAAGCGUGGGCCCCACCCUGGGGCACUCUGUGAAGAGGGAGGGGAAGGGGUCUUCCAGAGAAAGCUCAGGCCCAUCCGCCCCAGAGUGCCGCUGCCCGCGGUUGCUGUGGAGCAGCUCAUCCGUGAUCACACGCCCCAGGUCCGGCCAAUGGCUCUGCUCACAUCGCUCAUGUCAUCGGGGCCAGAGCAUGUGUAAGUGGAGCACGCUCCCCGUCCUCCCCUCUGCCAUACCAUCGCACGGCCUGUUACCAACCCCCAGCCUCUCCAGCCAGCGUGGUGUGCAGGGGCGUCUUGCUGCUUGGCUGUGGUGACCAGCUGGUGCAUGUGACGAGGGACCUGCCUGCGCUGACCUCCUCAUCUUCCCCAGCUCUUGGUGACAAUAAAUCCUGAGCACCCACA